UUGCUAGAGGCCGCUGCUACGCAUCUUUGCUAUAUAAAGCACUUCUCUUUGCUACAACAACAGAUCGUUAAACGAUGGAGUUGGAUGAUAUACUACUUAUAUACAGAUAAACGAAAGUAUGAAACGAUCAUCGGAAAAAAUGAACAGGUCUCCUAAUGAUAAAAGACUAUCACUGCAUAGCAUAGCAGUGGCUAUAGCAGCAAUUAGCUGUUAUUAUCCAUCUCUUCAAGGAGAUCUGGUCUUUGACGAUAUUGCGGCCAUCAAGGAUAAUCGAGACGUGAGAAGCCACACUCCCAUAUCUAAUUUAUUCGUACAUGAUUUUUGGGGGACACCAAUUCACAAGGAACAAAGCCAUAAAUCCUACAGACCAUUAACAGUAUUGACUUAUCGAUGGAAUUAUUGGUUGCAUGGUCUUCAACCAUGGGGUUACCACGCUGUUAAUUUAUUGCUCCAUGCUCUUGUCUCUCUUCUUUAUCUCAGAUUAUGUCAACGUUUCCUUCCUAUUCAAGAUGCGUUAGUGGCCGCUUUAUAUUUUGCUGUACAUCCAAUUCACAGUGAUGCGGUUGCCAGCAUCGUUGGAAGAACGGAAUUACUUUCGGCUAUAUUUUAUAUAGCCGCUAUACUCUCUUACAUGAGUUCAAUUUAUCCCGAUCAAAAAAAUAAAAAAGAAAGGAGAUGCGGUGUCUGUUUUGCUAUCAUUUACGCUACCGUAGGAACAUUAUGUAAAGAACAGGCUCUAACAUCUCUCAUUGUCUGCAUCGCUAUUGAUAUAUUUAUCUUUAAUCAGGUUCACAUAAACAGAAAAUGUUUCUACUCGAUGUGUAGAAGGAAAAGUUCUCCUUGGUGGAAUUUAGUACCUGUUAGAAUUAAUCUCAUCGCUGCAUCUUUUAUAAUCAUUUUAAUCUUGAGAGUUAAAUUGAUGGAUUAUCAUUUUCCAUAUUUUAAUAGGUUAGAUAAUCCAGCUGUCGGCUGCAAUUUCAUCAUUCGAACUCUAACUCAAAAUUAUCUAGUGGCUUUUAAUGCAUGGCUUAUGGCAUUUCCUUAUAGUCUGAGUUGUGACUGGUCUACAGAAUCGAUACCACUGGUAGAUUCUUACGUGGAUUCCAGAAAUAUUGCCACUAUAUUUAUUUACAUCAUCAUCACUCUUCUUGUCUUCCAAGGAAUUUCUUUCGAUUCGAAAGUAUUAAAGCUGGCGUUAGUGAUGUUGAUAGUACCUUAUUUACCUGCAUCUAAUCUGUUGUUUCACGUCGGAUUUGUGGUAGCAGAAAGAGUACUUUAUCUACCCAGUAUGGGAAUGGGAAUGAUAUUUGCUCUAGGAGUGAAUAAAUUGAGGAGUUAUGGUAAAUUUAAGGUAGCUCUUAAUGGAGCCAUUUGUUUCCUUCUUCUCACCUACUGCUUCAGAACAGCUAGAAGAUGUUACGACUGGGAAACAGAUUAUGCCUUAUAUAAAUCCGGACUGCAAGUAAAUCCCAGAAAUGUUAAAUUACUGAAUAACGUUGGACAAGUGGUUGAAAAAUUAGGAAAAUAUAAAGAAGCUAUAGGAUAUUACAUUAAGGCCAUAAGCACUUGUCCAGAAGAUGUCACGGCUUAUUUAAAUUUGGGUAACGUUUACACAAAAUUAAAAAGGUAUCAAGAAGCCGAAAAAGCUUAUCAACAUGCAAAAUCCUUAUUGCCUCAACAUAAAGAAGGUAACGGUCUUCCGCUUCGAGUAACAAGACACCAUUUAAAGGCUCUAGUUCAUUUAGCAGGACUUAUAUCACAAAAUUCGUCUCGCAUCGAAGAAGCAGAUAAAAUGUAUGCUCAAGUCACUAAUAUGAGAAGUGAUUAUACCGAAGCGUAUGUCAGUUGGAGCGAUUUAAUGCUAAAGCAAAACAGAACUAGAGAAGCCGAAGUAUUUAUACAAAAGGCGAUGGAAGAAGAUAGCGAAGAUCCCAAUAUGCUUUAUAAUCUAGGUAUUAUCCUAAGUAAACAAGGUAAACACGAUCCGGCACUGCAACGAUUCGAUAGAGCAGUUCAUCUAGAUCCUCUUCACGUGCCGUCUCUGAUAGCUUCUGCCAGGAUAAUAGUGGAAGAAGGUUUCACCCAUUUGCACCAAGUUGCAUUUAGCAGAUUGCAAAAGGUUGUGGAAAAUGGAAGAGCAGAUGAAACAGUUUACUUCCAUUUAGCUAUGCUAGCUAUUAAGUCUGGAGAUCAUUAUAAAGCAGAAGGAUGGUUGAAUAAAGCACUCGAGCUACGUUUCAACUUUCCAGAAGCUUUGUUCAAUAUGGCUCUUCUACUGUAUCAAAAUAAUAGAUUAAACGAAGCCGCAACUUAUCUACAAAUGUUAUUAAAGCAUGGAGAAGGGCACGUCAAAGGGUUGCUUCUUCUUGGUGACAUCUACGUAACACACAUAGGAGACUUAGAGGCAGGAGAGAUCUGUUACCAAAUGAUCUUGCGUCAAGAUCCUAGAAAUUAUCAAGGACUUCAUAAUUUGUGCGUGGUCUAUCUUCAAAGAAAUGAAUUGAGACAGGCUGUGGAUUGCUUUCAAGAGGCCCUUCGCUUGGCACCACACGUUUCUUACAUUCAACGUCAUUUGUACGUGGCAGGAUUACUGUUGGAGAAAGAAGAGAACGGUACAGAUUAUCGAGCGGAUAUCUUGAGAUCUAGAGUUGAAGUGUUUCGUUAAUCGAAAGAUUUUCUUUGAUAUAUAAAAAGUGCCUCAGAGUGAACUGUGGUGAUUAUGUAAAUAACACCUUUCACUAAAUUGGAAUUUUCUUUUCUAUAUUGGAGCAUUUUGAGAAAAAAAAAAAAACGAGUGAUCUACCUGUCAUUUGCAGUGAUUUCAGGAAUUACAUGUCAAAUUAAAUAUAAUGUU